AAGCUCCUUGUGCCACGCCCCUGAUCUGCAGCUUUGGGAGGCCAGUGGACCUGGAAAAGGAUGACUACCAGAAGGUGGUGUGUAACAACGAGCACUGCCCAUGCAGCACUUGGAUGCACCUGCAGUGCUUCUAUGAGUGGGAGAGCAGCAUCCUGGUGCAGUUCAACUGCAUUGGCAGGGCCCGCAGCUGGAAUGAGAAGCAGUGCCGCCAGAACAUGUGGACCAAGAAAGGCUACGACCUGGCUUUCCGCUUCUGCUCCUGCCGCUGUGGGCAGGGCCACUUAAAAAAGGACACAGACUGGUACCAGGUAAAGCGGAUGCAAGAUGAAAAAAAGAAGAAGUCUGGGUCAGAGAAGAACUCAACAAGGCCUCCAGGGGAGGCUGGGGAGGAGGCAAAAAAGUGCAGACCCUUGAACAAGUCCCAGAAAGGCCUGAACCAUGACCUUCCCCGGCGGCAUUCCAUGGACAGGCAGAACUCCCAGGAAAAAACAGUUAAUGCUGCAGCCUAUGGGGCCCGCUCCCCCUGUGGCUCCCCUGGCCAAUCCCCACCCUCUGGUUACUCUAUCCUCUCCCCAGCCCACUUUAGUGGUCCCCGCUCCUCCAGAUACCUUGGGGAAUUCUUAAAGAAUGCCAUUCAUCUUGAGCCUCACAAAAAGACCAUGCCUGGGAGCCAUGUGUUCAGAAAUGCCCACUUUGAUUACAGUUCGGCUGGGCUGUCUGUACACAGAGGAGGACACUUUGACACCCCUGUACAGUUCCUGCGGCGAUUAGACCUCUCUGAACUCCUUGCUCACAUCCCCAGGCAUAAGCUGAACACUUUCCAUGUUCGGAUGGAAGAUGACGCCCAAGUGGGCCAAGGCGAGGAUCUACGGAAGUUCAUUCUUGCAGCCCUCAGUGCCAGCCACAGAAAUGUUGUAAACUGCGCUUUGUGCCACCGGGCACUUCCUGUGUUUGAACAGUUCCCACUAGUGGAUGGAACUCUGUUCUUAAGCCCCUCAAGACAUGAUGAGAUUGAAUAUGAUGUUCCUUGUCACCUUCAAGGGAGACUCAUGCAUCUGUAUGCAGUGUGUGUAGACUGUCUGGAAGGGGUUCACAAGAUCAUCUGCAUCAAAUGCAAGUCCCGGUGGGAUGGCAGCUGGCACCAGCUGGGCACCAUGUACACCUACGACAUCCUGGCUGCCUCUCCCUGCUGUCAGGCCCGUCUGAACUGCAAGCACUGUGGCAAGCCUGUGAUCGACGUACGGAUCGGAAUGCAGUACUUCUCUGAGUACAGCAAUGUCCAGCAGUGUCCACACUGUGGGAACCUGGACUACCAUUUUGUGAAGCCAUUCUCCUCCUUCAAAGUUCUUGAAGCUUAUUGAUGAAAGCUUUGCUUUAGUAAUAGCUAUUUUAUUGAUAUUAUUACUUUACUACAUAUCUUUUAUAGGGGAGCAUUCUGUGACAUUAAUUUCUUUUCUAAUUUAAAACAGAGUUUACUUUGUAUAUUUGUGCCACUAAAAUGAGGGCUGCCCCUUGUCCUGUCUUAAUUCCCAAAUGUUGGUGUGUGGUUAAGACUGGAGUGCAAAUGGGAAAUUGGGCAGAUUUUGGUUGGUAGGAUUUCAGUCUCCUGCAGAAUCUCUGAUGCAGUACUAAGGUAGUAGGAAGGAUGGGUGCCAUUUAGGUGUGGGAUUCUGUGAUGAAACUGAUGGUGUGGUGGGAGUUGGGAGGAAGCUUUUUCUAAUGUUAGCUCUCUUGAGUUACCCUCUGUCAGAUGUUUGGGCCUUGGGAGAAAUAAGUGACAAAUGAAUGUAAGUCUGAACCUGGACAGCCAGUACUGCAUUAGGCUACCUGAACUCUGUUCUUCAGUUCAGGUUGAGGUGCAGUUUACUCCCACUGAUAGGCGAUUUGAGAAUAGUUCUGAGUGCUUUCUUUGACAAUUUGUAUAAUUUAACAGUUUUCAUACCGGAAAUAAUAUCCAAAUUAUAUGACACUUGAAAACUGUUGCUGUUGUAAAUGUUUUAGGUGAGCUGAAUAUAACAGGUCUUGUGAAGUGAAAUUGGAAAUGAUGCACACUGAAUUAAGGAGGGCAGAAAGGCAGAACGUGGUUUUUUGGAUCGUGCCUCUAGAAGCUGGUCAGAGAACCUACAGAAAAUUUGCACAUGCUGUAGGUUUGGUGGGCAUUGUUUAGAGAUUGCAUUGCUGAAGCAGUUGCUUGAUAUCCAGAUCUUCUCAGAGGCAAACUUCUAGCCUAACUGCUGUGCUCCAGAACCAGUCAUGCUACACUUCUCAUUGUAUCUACUGCCACAUUAGCCCAUUUAAUACUGAGUUCUCAAAAUCAGAGUUGACCUAGGAAGGAAGGGGAAAUUGGUUAGAAUGAUGAAGAACAGUUUUUAUUCUUUUAAAAGUAUGUUUUCAUUUUGGUAGCAGUAAUGCAAAGAGCAUAUUUGAAAAUAGAUCAUCCUAAAGAUUUCCAUGAUUCCUCACUGUUCCUUAAAAAGAAAAGUUGCAUACGGAACACCAGGUAUUCCGGAAUUCACUGGAACUUGGAUACUUAAAUGUGAAGAUAUUCCUCAUAGAAUUAGAAUUAGAGAAUUACUUCUCAUGAAGGAAUUUGGUGAUUUCAAGUAUGAUACAGAAAUAUACAUUGAAAGAGUACUAAAAUAAUUGUCUUCUGGAUAGGCAAAUUUGGGGUUCGUGUAAAUAUUUUAUAUCACUUGGUUUAUGCCAUCCCAGGGGAUUUUCUUUUCAUAAUUGUCUAAACAUUAUUGCCAAUGAGUUUUACAUUCUACAGAAGUCUUGGUGUUUAAUUUUAAACAAGAGCAUUUAAGAACCUAUGCUAAACUAAGAUUUUUUGUUAGUUGGUUUGUUACUUCUGGCUUUGUGUUUGAUGAUCUGAAAAGUUUCAUAAUCUGCAAGAAAUGCUCAAGUUGCAUAGGACAAACAAUAGUCAUUAUCGAUCAGAUGGUGUUUAAUACAACUACGUUAGAUCUAUAGGACAUAAUAUUUGCAAAUUUGUCUUUGAUUCACAAAGCUGUAAUUAUGAGUUAGCUGUCUUCCUAUGAAUCUGUUGUACACUCAAGUUUAAAACUUUGGUAAGUUUCUAUUCAAAUUCCGUAUUUGUCUUCAUGUUUGUUCCUGAUUUUUAGAAUAAAUAAAAUACUUGUAAUGCUGUUCUUUAACCUAUUGACAUUUUCUAGUAAAACUACAUUAUUGUUCUGAAGUCAACCUGUGUUUUGCACCCAGUGAGUUCUUUAGUUUGAAAAAACAAACAAAAAACCAAAACUGUGGAACUGUAAGCCACAUUUUAUUCUUGCUCCUUAGUUUGUUUUCUGACCCCUACAUAAAGAAGUUUCACUAUAAUUGGAUAACAUUUGCUUUUGAUGUUAUGUUGAUAAUAAAACGAGGACUAUAGAUGUGUGUAGUUAUAUACAAAGAGAAACAUAAGCCCCAUACUCUAAUACUUUUCAUUUGCUAUAUUGUUGAUUAAUUAUAAUUUUGUCUGAAAAGGAAAAUUUGGCUGAUUUAAAGAGUAAAAUAAAGUUGACUGUACAAUCCUUGCUUUGUAGGUAAAUUUUACUUUGGAAAUCUGCUGACCUUAAUGUUUUCACCAAACUUUGCCAGAAUACAUUGGUUAGAAUUGGAAUGUGUCAAGAAAGAUCACCACCAUUUUUGUUGUAGUUGCAAUAUUAAAGGGCUUCAGUUGUUGUCUGAGGUUUCUGUCCUGCCUAAUUCUGCAGUUAUUCAUUCCCAAAGAAUCACACAGAGGUCUACAUCAAUUAUAAGCUAAUUGGCCCAGUAUCUCAGGCUCUACUUAUUAACUAAUCCUUAUAAUUUAUAUUAACCCAUAAUUUUUGUCUGUGUGGGCCAUGUGCCUUGGUACCUUUUUCGCGAGGCAGUAACAUCUGGCUUUCUCUGCGGCUGGGUCAUGACUGGAGACUGAGCUUCCCUCUUCCCAGAAUUCUCCUGUUCUCAUUGUCCCACCUCUAUUUCCUGCCUGGUCGCCCUGCCUAUACUUCCUGCCUGGCUACUGGCCAAUCAGCAUUUUAUUAAAAAUAAUACAAAUGACAGGAUAAAUGGCCAUUGUUCCACAGCAUUCAGUCAUCCAGGAGAUCUAACUUCUGUUUUUCUCAUGAGUAGUGUCUAGUAAUUUGUAGUUUUGAGAUUGACUAAUAAUCUAAAGUGAUUUUUAUCUAAUUUAACACUUCGAGUCAUUUAUUUUUAAAGAGUUCCAUACUUUGAACAACUAAAACUUGUCUGCUUCCGUUUUGAGAGAAGCUAAUUUCUGAUCAUUUUCUCUUCAGGCCUUCUCAACUCUCCUUUUUCAUCUGAUCACACAGUCACAUCAAAAACACUUGGUAACAGUGAUUUUAUAUCUUUAAAGGUAGACUUUAUUCCAUGAAAUGAAGGGAUGAGUGAAUUGUUUUCUGAUUUACAAAGGACUUUUUUCAGCAUUCUUUAAUUUCCAAUUUUUGUAAAAAUGGGUUCAUUUUUCUAAGUAAAGAAAAUUUUCAUACCUUUUUGGGAAAAAAUUAACUUAUGACAGAAGAAUAUUAUAUGUUUAAAUGCUAAAACUUAACAUAUUGAUUCAUAACUUGCUAGACUACCUUCCUGAGUCCUUCAUAUUAUCUUACAGUACCAGUGCUAACUGUGUAGUCUGCACUGUGCCUGUUUUCUAACUUGUUUUGUUUUCUUUUUAAUCUUUUGAAGCACUUAUUGAGUAGUUUCAGUUGAAAGAUCAGGGAAGAGGUGAGGAGAAAGCACUUUUGUUUAGGGUGUGAGUCCCAUAACAGAAUGCUGCCUAGCUCAGUUCAUCGUCAUACUUGUUGACUUUAUUAUUUUUCCAGGUAAUGAAAAGAAAAUAUAAUGAAUGGACACCAUGAAAACCAGCUCAAAAAUAUGUUGUCUGUAAAGACUUUUUUGUCAAAAUGUUUGGAUUGCACUUUUGAGGGAAGCCAGUGUAAAUACUUAAAGAAUGUUGAUAAAAUUGAAGCAUUUGGGUUAUGGAAUUGUGUGGUGUUAAAGGGUUUCUGUAUGUGAAAGGUAUGUAUUAAGAAUAAUAAAAUUUUAGAAAUGUUGAACUUUAA